AGCAAUGAAACGUGAUGACGAUUUUAGGAAUCUACUGAUGGAAUUCAGUGGGACGUUAAGAAUUCUAUCAGAAAUUAUCGAUAUUCUACAAUUCAAGAAUAAAAUAAACAGUCUUAUCGCUUUAAUUAGCUUGAAUUUAGUCAUUCAAUUUAUUAACUGGGUGGAAAUAUUAUCUGCUAUCGUUAUUUCACUCUUGUUGUUACAUUAUAGCAAAUCAACAGAUAAGUCACCACACAAAUCUAUCAAAACUGAUAAAGAUAUCAACCAAGCGGUUAUUCACCUUGAAAGGAUAAACAUCAGCGUCAAACAGUUUAAUAUUACUAAAUAUCCAAACAAAUUACUACUAUCUACUUUGGUCGUCGUUAUAGCACUUCGUUUGUUGCUCGAUAGGAGAACAUUCUAUUCAAGUCUCCUGACCUUCCUUAUCUUGAUGAAUUCCCCAGAGGUUUACGUUAUAAUAGACAGCUUGAAAGCUAGCUCUGAUCUUAAAGAUAACAAACCAGCAAUUUUGACGACAAUAAAGCAAAAAAUUUCAACUUUGAAACACAAUAGCAAGAACAAAGAAUCAUAUUAUCGCUUUGAAAUAUACGAGAAUCAAAGAUGGUGGAUGGGUCUCGAUUGGACGCAUGCGUUGCUGCCUGGCGAGAGGCCAACUUGGUCAGAUUCGGGUUUGAACGCAACACUACCACCAACUACAUUCGAACUCCCAGAGCGCACAUCUACAGAUGACAAAGUUGUAUACACCUGGACAUGGUUAGACGAGACUUGGGUCGUGGCUACACCAGGUCAGUCUAAACCAUACAAGCAAAUAGCACUACCAGAUAUAUCUGAUAAGCAAGAUGAUAAAGAAACAGCACAUAAUUUCUCUGUCGACAGAUCAGGUGCUGAGAAAGCACUCAAGCAGGGUUUGGCAAAGUUCAAUAGACAUUCAGUUCAAAUUGGUGACCAAUCCAAGUCAAAUAAAGAUGCAAAAGAAGGUGAAAAAGAAGUACACCGGAGAACAUCAGUUGAUGGUGUAUCUACACAAGAAAAUAACCUUGUAGAUGGUGUCGAUGAUCAAGGAUGGUCAUAUGGUGAUAAUCAAUGGGAGAGAUGGACGAGUAAGAAUGGUAUGGGAUGCUACACUCGCCGUAGGAAAUGGAUGAGAACUGCAAUACUAAAGCAAACGAUCAUAGAAUAGCUGUAAUAAUAAAUUAUAUGUAUAUUU